AUGCACUCAGCAUUCGUGGCUGAUCAACAUUACGAUAAACGUUCACGAUUCGUUAUAAGUCUGUAGUCGACACGAUACGGAAUUACGGUGGGUACGUCAUACUUGCGCUCUUGUGAAGUGUAAAAGUGUGCGAUUUUCUACGCUGUAUAUUCGCGACCGAUACCAUUGCAUUGAUUAAAAAAGUAAAUAGUACAAGGAGCUAUAAGAGUUCGAUACGAUGUCAACGUGGCAGCAAACACCUGGGACUGGAUACUAUCCAGGACAACAAGGACCAAAUACUGGAUAUCCAUCUCAAAACCCAGGAUAUCCACCUCAAAAUCCUGGAUAUCCUCCUAGUCAAGGAUACCCACCACCACAAGACGGCUAUAAUCCAGGAUAUCCACCUGCCUAUCCAGGAGGGAACCCACCAGCUGCCGGUUUUGUACCACCAAUGAAUCCACCGUACGGUCAAGUACCAACAAAUUCUGGGACACCGUUUACUCCGCCACCCAUGCAGGCGGGUAUGUACGGCACAAGUUAUGCUGAAGACCCCAUGCAGGAUGAAAUCAAAGGAUUUGAUUUUAGCGAACAAUCUAUAAGACGUGGAUUCAUCAGAAAAGUAUAUGCAAUAUUAAUGGUCCAACUUCUUAUCACCAUUGGAUUUAUCGCUCUGUUCCUUUUCCAUCCUGGUACUAAGCACUGGUUUAGCCGACAUACAUAUGUAUUCUAUAUAGCGCUGAUUGCCACAUUUGUUUUACUAAUUGCAAUGAGUUGCUGUUCGAGCUUGAGGCGCCAGGCUCCAAUGAACUACAUAUUUCUACUUUUGUUCACUGUUGCCGAGGGAAUAGUUUUGGGUGCUGCAUCAUCCACAUACCAAGUUGACGCGGUUUUGAUGGCAGCCGGUAUAACAGCAGUCGUUUGUUUUGCCUUGACAAUUUUUGCUUUCCAAACAAAAUGGGAUUUCACCUUGCUCAGCGGAGUUCUCUUCGUUGCCGUAAUAAUUCUGUUAGUAUUUUCGAUAGCUGCAUUCUUCGUCAAAGGCAAAAUCUUCACUCUAAUUUACGCCUCAUUGGGUGCGCUUAUUUUCUCUGUGUAUCUUGUUUUUGAUACGCAAUUGAUGAUGGGUGGCAAACACAAGUAUUCCAUUUCCCCCGAGGAAUAUAUUUUCGCUGCUCUGAACCUGUAUCUUGACAUUGUUAACAUCUUUAUUUACAUUCUAACCAUCAUAGCCGCUUCUCGUGAUUAGUUUAAAAUAACAUGAUUCAUAAUAUUUGCAAACUCGGAUUUCGACUUGAAAGGAGUUCAUAAUACUUUGAUAAUAAAUCGCGUUUUGAUAACUACUGCAACGUGUUAUGCACAUAGCAAAGAUUGUGUAUUUUUAUAAAUACACGUCAACAGUUCCGUAAGCAUGUCUGCAAAACAAGGACUGAGUGAGCUAAAUAAAGCAUGGAUGUCGUUGUUGAACCUUAUUAUUUUACCAGUCUGUUAUUGUUCUUACAUGAAUAAAUUCUAAAAAAAUACAUAUUUUGAUAAUUUAUAAGCGAAUGCUGAUGUAUGUAUGUAACCCAAGUCGGCGUAAAGAAGUGCUUAUUGCGCGAGUCGAAAUAACCUAUAUGGUCAAUCUCAUUUUAAUCGAUUCUGUAUUCUACUGUGUUUGCUAAUUAUCCUGAAUUUUUGUUGUUACAUCUUGUCGGGUCAAUGCGAUUGUUCGCCUUGUCUCACGUGACAUUAUUGCCAAACGAUUAGUGUUAAAUUCGUUGGUUGAUGGCAGGGUGAUUACAUUCCUUUUAAUUUUCGUUAUUAAAGAAUGGCCGAUCAUUCAAUUUGUUGAUAAUGUUUAAUAUUAGUUUUGCCCUUUUUCAACCAAUCAUUCGCAAUUAAUUAGUUGGGUCAGGGCCGCACCUUCAUUUCCUUUGGCUCGGCUAUUAAGAGUAUUUUUUUUUUUUUGUUGGGGGAAGGGGGUUUUUCUAGCAUGGUGUCCGGUGUUUCUGAAAGUCCCUGAGGUCCUAGAGAUAUCCUUGAAUUUUUCUUGUGUCUUAGAAAUAUUCUAUAUUUAAGGUUUGCUGCGAAUGAUAUAUUUAUUUGUGUUCACUAAGUAAAUGUUUUUAAAAAGUCGAUUCCUGCCUCGAAUCGCGUUUUUCGUUUUUCCUUACUAACAUGUGUAGUAGAAAUAACGUACAUCUUGUACGUUGCGCCGAUUAUGUACAGUGCCUUCUGCACUCUGCAUUCGUUGUAAUUCUACUUUUCCUGAGUGUCCUGGAAUUUGUUACGGAUAUUUUACCGGAUACCAUGUCUAGGAAUCGAUUAGUUACCAUUACCCAUUUUCAUUUGAAAUUGCAUACGUGGAAUAAGGCAUACAAAUAACUUUUCUAUUUUUUCAUUUCUUUCUCUUUGACAUAGACUUUCUUCUUAUCAGUUUAGGUUUAAAUAUAAACUAGUGUAAACUUCAGAUUGAGUUUCAGCAGAGUUUAUAAUUGGAUCUUUAUAUUUAAGAAAACCUUUGGCAAUGUAGAAUUGAAAAUGUUAUAUUUAUAUAUUUAUGUAUUUCAGUAAUGAGUGAGGUACUUUUGAAUAAUACAGCUAUGUAAGUUGCAGAUGUAAGGUAGCGUAUACUUAUUACUUGGUUUUCACAACCUUUUCACAUAUUCUUAUGAAGUAAGCAUAUGUAGUAAUUUAAUGUAAAUGAUUUUCAUCGAUGUUUGUAACUUGGACUAAUGUAUUAAUCGAUCUGGUGUCCAAUCGUAUUAUUGAAUAGCAUAGGUGAUUAUAAUAAAAGAAAAAGUUAAAUAUA